AUGGCUGCUUUUGCUGACGAAGAUGGCAUUCGACAAACUCUUGAGUUGCUCCACAAUUGUCACUCCAGUGAUACUGGUGUGCAAAAAGCUGUUCAUGAGAAAUUUGCCGAGCUUAACAAGUUUCCUGACUUUAAUAAGUAUCUAGCUUUCAUUUUAUUUGAUGCAGUUAAUGAAAGUGAUUCUACAAGAUCCAUGAGUGGACUGAUUUUAAAGAAUAACCUGAAGACACACUUUAAGCUUUGCCCCCCUGAACUAAUCACAUUCAUCAAAGACGGCUGUCUGUCUCAUCUAAGUGAUCCCUCUCUGAUGAUGCGAUCUACGGUUGGAAUAUUGAUUACGACAAUUGUUACGCUUGGGGGACUGGAAACUUGGCCAGAAUUGUUGCCUAAAUUGAUCGAUUGUUUGCAGUCGGGUGACAUGAAUGUUAUCGAGGGAGCAUUCGGUGCUCUUGCAAAAAUAUGUGAGGAUUCUUCAACACAGCUUGAAGAUCGUCGCUUUGGCUGUCCUCUGGCUUCGCUGAUACCAAAAUUCCUCGAAUUCACAUCGCACGAGAAUCCGAAGUUCAGGUCUUACGCACUGGCAUGCACAAACCAUUUCAUUAACAGUCGAUCUCAAGUUCUGAUUGACUACGUGGAUCAGUUUCUACACUGCCUGUUCUCUCUUGCGGAGGAUGCAGAUUCAACCGUGCGAAAGCACGUGUGCUCGGCGUUUGUGCAGCUCCUGGAGGCUCAUCUAGGCCAGUUGGUUCAGCACCUACCGAACAUUAUUGAGUUCAUGCUUUUGCGUACACAAGACGAUGAUGAGAGUAUUUCUCGCGAGGCUUGCGAGUUCUGGCUAUCCCUAUCAGAGCAACCCAUAUGUUAUCAAGCGCUCACUCCUUACAUCGAUCGAUUGAUCCCUGUUCUUGUUCGAGGCAUGAAGUAUUCUGAUAGUGACAUGAUUUUGUUGCGGAAUGACCUCUCGGAAGACUCCCAUAUACCCGAUAAGGAGUCUGAUAUUCGACCUCGUUUUCACAAGACUAAGAGCAAGUUCAUGUCUCAAGAGAAUGACGAUGACGACGAAGACGAUUAUGUGUCUAACUGGACUCUUCGAAAGUGCUCCGCAGCGGCCUUGGAUGUGUUGGCCAGUGUGUUUCACACCGAUUUUCUCCCAUUACUCCUUCCGAUUACGAAGGAACUACUGUUCUCACCACAAUGGGAUGUUAAGGAAUCCGGCAUUUUGGUUCUGGGUGCAAUCGCUGAGGGUUGCAUGAAGGGCAUGCUGCCCUAUCUACCGGAGCUUGUUCCCUUUCUAAUCGAGUGUCUAUCGGACGAAAGGCCGUUGAUACGCAGCAUCACUUGCUGGACGCUAAGCCGAUACUCGCAUUGGAUUGUCGGGCAGCCACAUGACACUUACUUCAAGCCGCUCGUGAUUGAGUUACUGAAGCGCAUUUUGGACACUAACAAACGUGUACAAGAAGCCGCUUGCUCCGCUUUCGCGACAUUGGAAGAAGAAGCUUGCACUGACCUUGUACCUCAUUUGGGCAUCAUCUUGCGCACGUUGGUAUACGCCUUAAAUCAGUAUCAGCAUAAAAAUUUGUUCAUCUUGUAUGAUGCUAUUGGAACCUUGGCAGACUCCGUGGGGCAUCAUCUUAACCAACCCGGCUACAUUGAACUACUGAUGCCACCUCUGUUCGAGAAGUGGAACACCUUACGUGAUGAUGAAAAGGAUUUGUUCCCCCUACUCGAGUGCUUGUCCAGCAUGGCCACUGCUCUUGGGACUGGAUUCCUGCCUUACUGCACUCCCGUGUUCGGUCGCUGUGUCAAUUUGAUUGACCGCACCAUCCAACUGAACAAGCUACAUUCCCAGCAGCCAGACGCAUACGAAGCCCCCGACAAGGAUUUCAUGGUCAUAUCUUUGGAUUUGUUGAGUGGAUUGCUCGAAGGAUUAGGCAAUCAAAUGUACGCAUUAGUGUCCAACAGUCCACUGAUCGAGUUGCUAUUUGAAGCCUCACAAGACCCCCAGCCGGAUGUUCGACAGAGCAGCUUUGCUCUUCUCGGUGAUUUAACUAAGGCUUGUUUUGAGUAUAUCCGACCUCAAAUCGGUCAGUUCAUGUCGGUACUCGCGAACAACUUGGGAUCGGAACACAUCUCUGUGAGCAACAACGCUAUCUGGGCUAUUGGGGAGAUAUGCAUUCAGUUAGGUGAAGGCAUGCAACCUUAUGCGCCUAUGUUCGUUCGGCCGCUGAUAGAGAUUAUAAACCGUCAAAAUACUCCCAAAACACUGCAUGAAAAUACAGCCAUCACAAUUGGUCGGUUGGGAUACGUAUGUCCCUCCGAAGUGGCACCACACCUAUCUUUGUUUAUUCGUAACUGGUGUUUGUUUCUUCGCAACAUUCGUGAUAAUGAAGAGAAAGACAGUGCUUUCCGCGGCAUUUGCAAUCUGAUCACGCUCAACCCUUCCGGUGUACUGAGUGAUUUUCUUUUCUUCUGUGAUGCUGUGGCUUCAUGGAAUGCUCCGAAGGACGACCUGAAGGAGAAAUUCUACGCGAUUUUGCAUGGCUUCAAAGCCCAAGUGACGGGUGAUGAUUGGGGUGAAUUUUGGAGGCAGUGUCCUCCUAUGCUACGGGACCGAUUAUCCGCACAAUACGCGGCCUCACAUCUGCAGUCAUGUUUGUUUUGUGCGUCAAGCGUUUUCCCGCCAUUCGCCGCGUCUAGUUGGAGGUCCUUCGCAUGUUGUGUCAUUCGUGAUACCGCUGUCAUCUCCCCCACCGCCUUGACGCUUUACCGACCAUCAUCGUUACACAGGUCCAUCCACACUUCUUCAUGGGCAUUUUGA